AAUUCAACUUUGCAUCAAAGGAAUACAUUUAUAUUAAAAUAGAUUUAAAGAAUUAUGGGCUGCAUGGUGCUUGAGGCAUUGUUGGUCAUUUAGUGUUUCUGUAAAAAAAAAAAACAGAACAGUAACGGUACUACAACAAUAAUGCUAUUAAUUCUUCUAGUGUAUGUAUGUGCAUGUAAAUUAUGUAUUCAUAUAGUGUCUUUUUUUCUCCCCCCCCCCAGGCACAUUGCUUCCUUUCUGUCUAUGUUUAAGUUGUUGUUAAUCGGCGUGAUCAUUGUGGGCAAGGAUCCAUUUGCUCUAUUUGGCAUGCAGGCCCCAGGUCUCUGGGUUUGGAGUCAGGAGAAUAAGAUAUAUGCCUGUAUGAUGGUGUUCUUCUUCAGCAAUAUGAUCGAGAAUCAGUGUAUGUCUACGGGUGCUUUUGAAAUCACACUCAAUGAUGUUCCAGUUUGGUCCAAGCUGGAGUCAGGCCAUCUGCCUUCCAUGCAGCAACUACUGCAAAUUCUGGAGAAUGAGAUGAAGAUGAACGUGCACAUGGACACACUUCCACACCAUCGCUCGUAACCUUGCCUCUGAUUCACUGAAUUGAGCUGACGACCCCUCCUCGUAUGUUUAACCAUCAUUACCCUACCAUAUAUUAAAUUAAUUUCUAUU